AUGGCGCAGGGCCACGUCAUCCCCAUGAUCGACACUACCAAAAUCUUCACCUCCCGCGGCCUCAAGGUAACCGUCGUCACCACCCCGCUCAACGCCCCUCUCUUCUCCAAAAACCUCCACUGCAGCUUCCCCUCAAUUGCCGUCGAAACCCUCGAUUUCCCCGCCGCAGCCGCCGGAAUGCGAGAAUUUCGACGUCAGCAUGGGCUUCGAGCCGUCACCAAAUUCUUCGUCACCAAAUGCUCUGAUGGUGACGUGGCCGGUGACGGCGGAGCAAUUCUACAACGACAAGUUGCUAACGGAGAUCCUGGGGAUUGGGAUCGCGGUCGGGCCGAAGCAGCUGUACGGGGUGAAGGUGGGGAGCGGAGGGGUGGCGGAUGCGGUGGGGCGGAUGAUGGCGAAGGAGGGUGA